AGCAAAACUAUAUUCAUUCAUAGUUUCCAUAGUUUAUACAUUAUUAGAUCUGUGAUACAAGUUCUACACGAGUCAAACUGGGUAAAAAGUUGUGCGGUUUUAAUUGUGCUAUUUCAAUUAGAAAAUUUGAGGAGUAAUUAAAUAGGUUACAAACGAACAUUUGAAUUAUAUAAAAUGACAGACAUUGGAAAGAAGGACUACAAGGAUUCCCUAAAAGUGAAGGCAGAACGUUUAAUAGUAAAAGGAUUUCCAGAGAAGAUUAUCAAGUUGAAUGAAAUUCUUGAAACAUCAAAUUUCCAAAAUCGAGAUCUUUCAAAUGUUCAUCAGGACUUAAACAUUCCAGUGCCACCUCCUGUUGAAUUAUCAAAGGAACCAAAUGUAAAAAGACCACGUUUAGAAUCAUCAGAGGCAUCAAACAACUCAACUAUUGAUGGCACUAAGGUAUAUGCCCUGCCUAAUGGGCCUGUGCUAUGCAACAGGACACUAAGUGAUCUCAUUCAACUAGUCAAACCUCAUAUUAGAGAGCUGGUAGAGGAUUCAAACUUGCUUAAAAUGUGGAUUUCUUUUAUGAUCCCUAAAAUUGAAGAUGGCAAUAACUUUGGUGUGUCAAUACAAGAGGACACUCUUGCAGAGGUACAAUCAGUAGAGUCGGAGGCUGCAGCAUUCUUUGAUCAGAUCUCACGAUAUUAUAUAUCACGGGCGAAGAUUAUUUCAAAGGUUGCCAAAUACCCACAUAUUGAUGACUAUAGGAGAGCAAUAAGUGAGCUUGAUGAGAAGGAGUACCUUUCACUGUGGCUUGUAAUGUGUGAAGUCCGCAACCGCUACUGUUCCCUACACGAUAUUGUGAUCAAAAAUCUAGAGAAAAUUAAAAAGCCUCGCUCCUCUAAUACAGAGUCACUAUACUAAGUCCUAAUUUUAAUUUUCAUCUAUCUUAGACAGACAAGGAAACCUUGUGGAUUUUAAAGGUAACAAACUUUUUAGGUUGCAUACAGUAAGAUUUUAUUACCCCUAGAGGUAUAAACCUAGUAUCAAUGAAACUUAGAAACAAUACAUUUUAAGUAAACAUAAGUAUAUUAUUAUUAUGACUGAAAUUUUUUUUUUGCAUUUUUUUGUUUGCAACAUUUUAAUAAACCCAUAUAUCAUUACUUACAAAUAUUUUUCGGAUAUCUUACAUAUAUUAAUAUACAGUAUUUUAAAUACCUUAAUAUAGUCCCUAAUAAAAUCUUAAAAUGUUCCAUCAGCUAUUGGACAAGACAGUCUGACUCUAGAGGUGAUAACAUCUGGUGGAUGCAUUAAAUUAUAAAAGUUCAACUGUCUCUACACACAUUCUAGACAGAUUUAAGAGCCUUCAGUAGCCCAUUGGUUUAUGAUCUGACUAUACUACUAGGUUAAGUACUAUUCGUAGGUUUAAAUAUGGCUAAUAUUUGGACAAAUGUAUAGCCAUUAGCACAAGGCUUUGUUUAUCUGGAAUAAUACAAGCUAAAGAUUCUUAAUCGUCAUACCAUCACUAAGAGUCACAAGCAAGGAGUAGUCCAAAGUGAGUUAUUACAGAAUUGAACCAAUACUGCUAACACCUAUCUACAUAUCUGGAUAAUAAAAUAUCAAAUAAACCUAUGGUGAUCAUGUCUUAAAGACCCACCUAAUGUGAAAGCCCACACAAACACAUGGUAAAAUUUACUUCACAUUAAAUGAAUUUGAUAAAUGACUGCAUUUAUUAUGCAGAUUGGAUAAAGUAUAUUGUUCCCCAUUUAUGUGUUUUUCUGUCUCAAGUCACUGAACAUGAAAAUAAACAAACACAUAAAACAACUCAGUCAAAUUAAUUUAAUUCAACCAUUUAUCAUGCAUAUUCAACAAGAAUGUGUGUAGAACCAGUAGUGUGGAUUUCUGUUCAUUACAGAAUUUAUGCAUAUUACAUAUGUUAUAACUUUGAGUGUUUGAAUAUUAUGUGUAAAACUUCUAGAUUUAAUGAGUAAUAUCAAAAUUCUUGUACAGGAAUAAUUCAGCUAUCCAUACAUGUUGACAGAUUAACAAACUUCUGUGAUGAGUUUUAGUUAUUGAAAAGCUAAUACUUGAGAUGAAUUGCAACCAACGUGUCUUGUUAUAUCAUCAUUCAUUUUACCAUACAUAUAUCUGUAGCCCUAUUGAAGGCUUUCAUAUAAACUAGCGUCACUAAAACGUUAGCAUAAAUCUGUUAUUUUAUACAUAGGACCAAACAUCAAAAUAUAACAACUCCAUAUAUAUGUGAAAGACUUAGUUUACUCCAAAGUUACUUAAGCAAGUUAACUUGAUAAAUAAGUAACACCAGGGGCACAGGGAGUCUGAAUAUUUUCUAUUGCAUAAACUCCACUGGUUUUAGAAUUUAAAUUGAGUAACAUUAACUCCAAUGCGUUUUGUUUCAAUUCGGGCGCAUAUUUAUUUGUCACGCCAUGAAAUCAAUCAUAUUUAUUGGCAUGCUUUCAAGAAAUCUCCCAUGUCCUAAAUGUGUUUUAUAUCAACCAAUUGAAAUGGCCUUUAAAUUAAUAAGCAAUGAUUAAAUGUGCAUAAUCUGCAAAGCAAUAAUAAUAAUAAUUAAUUGUCUGUAUUUAGAAGUUGCUAGAUUUUUCCCUAUACUAGUGAGUAAAAAAAACGAACCAAGGUAUUACCUUGUAGCAAAACUAUUCUUGUAUUAUUCUAUGAGAUAGGCAGUAUAAGAAGUAUAACAAAUUAGAAUAGUGUUUAAUUCCAAAUAUCAAAUAGAAUCACCCAAUAGGUAUGUAAGUUUUGCGAUUUUCUCCGCAAGCACCAGUGAGCUGUAAUUACUUCUAGAGCCCUAUGUAAUCUGCAUAUUUGCCACGCAUAGAGAAUGCGAGUCAAGUGUCAACGCCAUUAAAAACGACAAUCAUUACCAGCUUCUAUAAAGGAAAUUAUAACAGUUGUAUGAUUCAAGUUCCCACCAGCUGUGGAAAGUGCGAAAAUAGCUAAGAAACUCAUAUAAAAUACUUUAUGGUUUAUUUUUACACGAAUAUACAUGGGGUACGAAUGGUCGUAGUCUACUAAAUCGGACCAUCCUUUAGAGCGCUACACUUAGGCCAAAUGAGGACAGAUUCGGACUACAGCUCUGCGUUAAAACUGUCCAAUUUCUCUUUACUUUCCUAGAGGUAAUAUACAUGAUGAUGACAAAAGAUAUCAUUAAUCAGCCUAGAUAUUAUUAUCCCAUAUUAUUGAAGUACUAUCAUUUAAUAAUUAUUACGUGUGAGUUCAUUACAUUUAAUUGAAAUAAUUAAUAAUAUGUAUUUGGUAAUAAAGCUGAACAUUUUGUUGAAAUUUGUACAUUGAUUAUUCGUCAGUAAAUCUGGCUACAGAGUUGCGAUUUAGUUCAAUCGCAAUAGGUUAUAAUAGCGGUCAGUGACGCUACUUAACUAGACCCUGCGCAGUAAUCGAUUUUUAGGUUGCCAUCGUAUAUCUAGUUAAUAGGCGGUAAUGCCACAAUUUCAACAUAAAAUUUAUUCCUAACGAGACAUUAGUAUUAAGUGAAUUGUAUUUACAUUAUAAUAAUCAUAAACGUUAAUUUAUUGUUCCCUCAGUUUCCUUUGAGAAGUGACUGUAGGGUAUACAAUGUAUUGUAAAAACUGUACCGCUGUCCAUCUCCAGAGCCAUCACAUGUGGGGGCUCACAUGCAGCAGUUGUUUAUUGCAUUAUAUUCAAUUAAAUACAUUUCUAUGAAUGUGUA